AUGAACUCAUCCGGCCUCCCCCUCAUCCGUGCUCCCCCUGACGCCUUGCGCUACGGCUUCUACAGUGCUAGUGAAGACGUGCGACCGAUCCACGAAGUGCAGCGUUUGCAGACUUUGUCUAACUGGGAGAUUAAGAUGUCGACGGUUGAGCAGGUUUACGGCAAGGCGGCAGCCAUGCGUUUGCGUACAGAGAAGGCGAUAUUUGAGCAGUUUACCCGUCUACCUGGACUUCCCAGCUCGCACGCCGGUCUCGACACUCUAACUGGAGCGGAUGACCAGAUAGAUUUUGCUGAUUUUCUAAACGAUCCCAAUGAACACCCCGAAAAUACCUUUCGGCGUGAAGCACAAUUGGAUCAUAUUUCAUUUAAAUGGAGCAAUCUUAAUACAUUGUAG